AUGGCCGGUCCUCCUCCUCCACCAGCGCCUCCUCCACCGAUGUUUGGUGGACAAUCAGCGCCAGCUGCACCACCACCAGCGGCUGUUCCUGGACGAGAUGCAUUGUUAAGUGAUAUUAGAAAGGGUGCAAAGCUAAAGAAAGCGCAUACGGUUGAUAAAAGUGCUCCUAUGAUUGGAGGAUCGAGUGUUAGUUCUGCGCCAAGUUCUGCUCCAGUUCCCGGUAAAAUGCCUGGUUCUGCGCCUGCUGUGCCUCCAGCGAUGCCAGGAGGUCCUCAAUUGGGUGAUAUAUUAGCUGGAGGGUUUCCUAAGUUGAAACAUGUGCAGCCAAACUCCGGUAGUGCUCCAGCAGUUCCGGCUAGUGCACCUCCUCUGCCUGGUCAUGGCAAUAUGAACAAAAAUAGCAACGGCUCCAACAGUCAAUCUUCACCUAGAAUUCCUUCGAAUAGGCCUCAGCGUAAACACACCCAGAGUUCUAGGAGUGAUGGUGGUUCCAGUAAUACAACUUCUGCUCCAUCAAUGCCAUCUUCGGCGCCUCCUAUACCUUCGAUGAGUGCACCACCAACUCCCCAUGUACCUUCAUCUGGAUCAGCAGCAGCAAAAGCUCCAGCUCCUCCAACAGCAGCUCCACCACUCCCUGGUGCUGCACCUUCGCCUCCUGCUACUUCGUUCCCUGCAGUUCCAUCACAGGCACCCCCAAUACCAGGAGCCCCUCCACCACCACCUUCUACAUCUUUCCCUUCUUCUAAUUCUGCUGCUGCUCCUCCUCCUCCUCCGCCCGCACCUCCUGCCCCACCAGCUGCUGCUCCCCCUGCACCAUCUGCUCCAGCGCCAAAACCUAAAUCCAGUAAUGGCCAUUCAUCUUCGUCGGCACCAAAGGCUCCUCCAGCACCUGCCGGUGGACUACCGUUCUUGGCAGAAAUUCAGAAGAAAAGAGACGACAGAUUUGUGGUUGAUGGAACAAACAACACCUCACAUUCACAAAACCAUUCAACAUCAAAUAAGUCGAAACCUUCAUCGGCUCCUCCUCCACCACCUGCUCCUCCAUCAGGUCCUCCGCCCCCAUCUCAAGCACCACCACCACCAACUCAGGCACCGCCUCCUCCAACUCAGGCACCACCACCACCAUCUCAGGCACCUCCUCCUCCAUCAGGUGCUCCACCAAGCGGAGGAUUGCCAUUCUUAGCAGAAAUACAACGCAGAAAAGACGAUUCGCAUGUUGUACAAAAUUCCACAUCACAUUCACAACAUAAGAGGGUGCCUUCUCAGCCAUCUGGAGCCCCACCUCCACCUCCACCAAUGCAAGCUCCACCAACUCCAUCUAUACCAAAGUCAAGUGCACCUGUCCCACCGGCAGCUCCACCGGCAGCUCCACCGGCGCCGCCAUCAGUGCCAAAAUCGACCCCCUCUGCUCCACCUGCAAGUGGUGGUCUACCAUUUUUGGCUGAAAUUGAACGUAGGAAAGACAAUACACACGUAAUAGAGAACGUUUCUUCUCCUCCACCUCCUCCUCCAGGAUCUUCAGCUCCCCCACCACCACCAUCUUCACAGGCUCCCCCACCACCACCGGCUCCACCAGUACAAGCUCCACCAGCUCCAACCCCACCUAAGACGAGUGCACCUACUCCACCUGCAAGCGGUGGUCUACCAUUUUUGGCUGAAAUAGAACGUAGGAAAGACAAUACACACGUAAUAGAAAACGUUUCUUCUCCUCCUCCCCCUCCUCCAAUGUCCGCGGCACCACCAACACCAUCCAUACCUAAGACUAGCAUACCUGCGGCUCCACCUGCUCCACCUGCUGCCCCACCUGCUGCCCCACCUGCUGCCCCACCUGCUGCUCCACCGGCUCCACCGGCUUCAUCUGCAAACGGUGGUCUACCAUUCUUAGCUGAAAUAGAACGCAGAAAAGACGACUCGCAUGUUAUAGACAGCCCAGCAUCUCGUUCGACAGAGAGUCAUGCCCCUCCAUCAUUACCUCAUAGCUUACCUCCUCAACCAUUUGGAGCCCCUCCACCUCCACCUCCACCACAAGCUCCUCCUGCAUCUAGUGCUCCAGAUAUCUCGACACUGCAAAGCUCGAAACCUCCACCACCUCCGCCUACGGCAUUUUCGCCAUCUGAGCCUGAAGAAUCUCUCCAGCAACAAGAAGAACGAGGUAAACGUGAUUUCAAACACAGGCUUUUCUCGACUGGUAAUGAACAAAGUCGUCCAGCUCAAUCACAAAACCCAUAUACUAAUGCUGCAGAGAUAGACGUUGGAGAUUUCACUAUUGAGGGAAGCGGAAACUCUGUCGGAGUGAAAACGAAUAGGUCUGGAGUCAAAAUUGAUGACAGUAAAUUUAACUGGUCUAAUAGCUCUGACUUGCCAAAACCACGGAAGUUUUUGGGAAAAACUAAAUUAUACCCUAGUGGUAGAGGUUCUAGUGUUCCACUAGAUUUAAGUCUAUUCACAUGA